AUGACUCUUUAUUCCGCAACUUUUAAAGAUACACUUGACUUAUCAGUGUUUAAACAAGGAGAGUUAGGAGAGGUCGAAUUUAAGAACGAUCCUAUCUCAGUCAAGUUUAUUUUUCAAGGUGAUGAUGAUGAAGGUUUGUACCUUGUCUUUUCAGAUUUUUCUGAUCAUCCAAGUGACAACCCAUACGAAAUUAAACUAACUCUCGUAGCAGGAGAAGAAUUUCAUAAAGAUUUUAUUCAAUAUAUCAAUCCGCAGUUUGAAUACAGCUUUGAACUCUACUAUGAAGAUUUACAAAAAUAUCAGGAGAAAUAUUCAUCUAAUUUAGACUUCCAAAUCGAAAUCCAAGAGCUAGAUAAAGAAAAUUGCAGCACAUUACCAAGCGAGAGAUCUUAUAUGUUCGAUUACCCAGCUGACAGAAUUGAAAAGGAUUUCAAAUACGAUUUUAAGUAUGCUGAUUACGAAUUCUCAUUUCUUCUUUACCUAGUUUCUUACGGACGUGUUCAUUUAUCAUUCCAACUCAAUAAUGCAGGAUUUUCCAAGCGUCUUACCGUUGUUUAUUCACUCAAAGUCGCUGGAUAUCACUGCAAGAGCGCAAAAAUGAAAUUUAAUUCGACAACUCUUACAUGCGAUGCAGAACAGAUCUCAAAGUCCGAUUGGGAUGAACUAAAGAAGCGUGCAACCAACGGACAAAUCCCAUUUGUCAUCGCAAUCAAACGCACAACAGAAUCCGAGGAAAUUGAAGACGAAGACGACUUCAUGAGCUUGCCAAACGAUACCACUUCAUACUCCGGCCACGACAACACCUAUUCUUACUCAAACAGAUCGUAUUACACUCCACAAACGAAUUAUGCUGUUUCUACAGUUUCCUCCAAGGACGAAACCGGUUUUGUUGGUCUCCACAACCAAGGCGCCACAUGUUACCUGAACUCUCUCCUCCAAACUCUCUAUACUUUGCCAGCAUUCAGAAAAGUUGUCUACGAAAUGCCAACAACAGGCACUGAGGAUGAGAAGAAAUCCAUUCCUCUUAACCUACAGCGCCUCUUCUGCCAGAUGCAGCUCAGAAAAGAGCCAUGUUCCACAAAGGAAUUGACAACAUCUUUCGGAUGGGGCUCUACAGAGACAUUCAUGCAGCACGAUGCACCAGAAUUCAACAGAGUCCUCUUGGAUAACCUCGAAAUGAAGCUAAAAGGCACACAACUCGAAAAUUCUAUCGCAGAUCUCUUCAAAGGCCAAUAUCGCAAAUACAUCAGGUGUAAGAAUUAUCCAUACGCUUCAACACAUGACGAAACAUUCUACGAAUUACAAAUGGUCGUUAAAGAUUGUCCGAAUUUACAAAAAUCUUUCGAAAAGUACAUAGAGAAAGAGAUUUUGGAUGGAGACAAUCAAUACAACGUCGAAAGCCAUGGCAAGGAAGACGCAGAAAUGGGUAUUGAGUUCGUAAAAUUCCCACAAGUCCUUCAACUCCAUUUGACACGUUUUACAUACGAUUUUAAUUACGACAGAAAUGUAAAACUUAACGAUAAGUUCGAGUUCCCCGAGGAAAUUGACUUAUCUCCUUAUUUGGCCGAAGAUGCGGACAAAUCCAAAUCGUACGUCUACCAGCUCCACGAUGUUGUCGUCCACAACGGAUCUGCCACCUUCGGACACUACUACGCCUUCAUCAGACCUUCUGCCGAAGAUCAAUGGUACAAAUUCAACGAUUCAACUGUUUCCAAGUCGACCAAGGAGUCAGCCAUUGACGAUAACUUCGGUGGAGAGUCCGAAACAACCACUUAUUCGUCCUCAAACUACUAUAAUUACUGGGGAGGCGGAUCCAGCGGCAAAUCGUACUCCGCUUACAUGUUAAUGUACAUGAGGAAGGAUGCCGUGCAGAAUAUCUUCGAGCCAAUCCCUGACGAAGCCGUUCCAGAGCAUUUGAAAGAAUAUAUGAACAAAAAACCAUCCGAAACCUACUCCAGUUCACUUGAUUUGAACUCUGUUGAUAUCACAGUCACAACAGAAGACGAUUUCGAGGAAGGAACCCUUUUGAUGAAGAAAGUUUUCGCACAAAAGGACGAUCCACCGAAAUUGGAGGCUGAUAAUUCAAUUUCCACCCAGGAACUCUACGAAAAGAUCGCAAAUCUCCUCAAGAUCGACGUAGAUGAGUUCAGAUUGUGGAAACAAUCUUAUUAUCUUUUGCCACAGACAUUAAUUAGCAGAUCCGAGACCAAGAAGAUCGAUUUCACAUAUUCAACAGCCCAAGUCUUUGUCCAGAAGAAAUCCAAGGAAGAUCCAGUCGAAAUUCCAGAAGAUGACAUUGUUGUUUACACCAAGUUCUUCUUCCCGUUCGACCAAUCCAACAACAAGGUCCAAUACAUCGGCAGUUUCCAGAUAAACCGCGAAUCUCCACUCAAAAACCUCAUUAAAAUGGUCAAUGAAAAACUUGGCCUCCCAGAGGACACAGAACUCCAAGUCUACGCCGAAUCCAUCGACAAGAAAGCCGCAAUUCUCGACAACGCGCUCACUCUCGACAAUUUGAGCGUAAACAUGGGUUCUGUCCUCAUUUUCCAGCAAAACCCUGAAAAAGAACAAAUUUUGCCAAGUAAAUUUGUCAAAAAGUCAAUUUCUGACAGUCAGAAAGGCGAAGAAAGUGAAGUGACCGAUCAUACCAUUCCUAUUAUCUUUGCCGGCGAUCAAUCUGUUGCUGUUACUGCAAACAAGUAUUUCAUUAUGUAUCAUGAAGUUUUGGAGUAUCAAUUUUACGAUGUACACGAUUGUUCCAAGUGCAUUGCGAUAUUGAAAUUCCCAACUGAUAUAUUGUUCACUGAUCUCUACAAGUACAUUGCCAAUUCAUCGUUGUUUGACUACGAUAUUGACAAAGACAGCAUUCUUUUGUACAGAGCAAAUUAUUCCAAUGAAGAAAAACCAAGUACAGAUCCAAUUGACACUUCCUACUUCACUACACCGAAAACAACUCUUUACUCCGGCCAGAACAAGAGAUUGUUCUUCAGAGUAAUCAAGGGAACUCCGCAGAAGGAUUACGCAAACAAACUCUGCAGAAGAAUUAUUUAUUCGUCAGAUUUGUCAAAAAUUGACAUUGACGAUUAUUUCUUAUUUGACAAGGCAUCUGACACUGUUGGCAAAGUUGUUCAAGAACUUGUUUCUAGAGGAACGAUUCCUGACAUGGAAUACGACAUUAUUAAGAUGGGAUACUACAGUUCCAUGGAAGGAUUCCUUCAACUGGAAGAAACAUGUUCUCAGUACUACAACACAGUGAUUAGAAUUCAACCGAAAGUUGCUGAUAAAUCUAAGUUUGUUUUCGUGGAAGUAGGAGAGUUCAUGAACUCUAUGUACUACUUCAGUCCAUCGAGAAAUGGAAUAUGCUACUUGGUUGAUGACGCAAAGACAAAUGAGGAAAUUCUCGAUGACAUUUUAGCGAAAUUGCAAAUUCAAAAUAAUCCGAAAAAGUUCAGAUUGAAUUUCAAGGCAAAGGAAGAUCCAAUGGCAAAGAACAUCCAGGUGUCGCAGUUCAAGGAUAGUUUGAAGAACGGCGCAUCUUUAUACAUUGUUGAGAAAUCAAAGAACUCAGCAAAACUCUCUGCUUCAAAUGAAUCUAUCAAAAUCUAUAAUUAA